AUGAGGUCCCUCACCGCCUUCACACUCAUCGCCUCCGUGCAAGCCGGCCUGCGCUUCCCCUGCUCAACAUUAACCUUCCAACGCCUCGAUCCUGCCGCGCAACCCGGCUCCUUCCCCUCUGCGCAUGUGCACCACAUCGUCGGCGGCAAUGCCUUCAACGCCACCAUGAACGGAGACGUCGGCGCCCGCGCUACAUGCACGACAUGCCAAAUGGCCGACGACUUCUCCAACUACUGGACCGCGACGCUGUACUUUAAACACCCUACCAACGGCUCGUACCACCGCGUACAACCGAUCCCUGUCCAGCCAUUGCUGGGCGGAAGUAAUGGAGCCCAGGGGGGACUAACGGUGUAUUAUACGCAGUUUGAUCUGAACAAGGACAAUCUGGGACAGCAGAAAGUGAAGGCUUUUCCACCAGGCUUUAGAAUGACCGUUGGUACUCCAAGUGCGACGUCGAAAUACCACGCCGGCUUGAGUUAUCAGUGCAUGUCUGGCGGCAACCGCGGGACGAUUACGAAUACCAUGCCGACGAAACCAUGCAGUGGCGGGAUAUUUACUACGCACCAUUUCCCACCCUGCUGGGACGGCAAGAACCUCGACUCGCCCGACCACGCCUCGCACAUGUUCAACACAGUAACCUCGGAGGGCUUCACCAACGCGCCCGCUUGCCCGUCCACACACCCCGUGCGCGUCCCGCAAGUAACCUUUGAAACUGUCUGGGACACGAGUAAAUUCAAUAGUUUGUGGCCAAGCGGUGGGGCGAAUCCGUUUGUGUGGAGCUUUGAGGGGAGUCCGACGGGGUACGGGACGCAUGCGGAUUACAUGUUUGGCUGGAAGGGAGAUGCCCUGCAGAAGGCGAUGGAUAAGAGCGAGUGCUUCUAUGAUGGGUGUGGGAGUAUCAAGAAGCAGCAGAUGAAUGUGGCGAGUCAGUGUACGGUUAAGGAUUUUGUGGGGGAGCAGACGGAUGGGUGGUUGGAGAAGCUGCCGGGGAUGGAGAUGUGA